AUGUCGGUGUAUCGUGAGGCACUCGGACUUGAAGCAGCAGUGGGUGGAAGCAGCAGUGGGUGGAAGCAGCAGUGGGUGGAAGCAACAGUGGGUGGAAGCAGCAGUGGGUGGAAGCAGCAGUGGGUGGAAGCAGCAGUGGGUGGAAGCAGCAGUGGGUGGAAGCAGCAGUGGGUGGAAGCAGCAGUGGGUGGAAGCAACAGUGGGUGGAAGCAGCAGUGGGUGGAAGCAGCAGUGGGUGGAAGCAGCAGUGGGUGGAAGCAACAGUGGGUGGAAGCAGCAGUGGGUGGAAGCAGCAGUGGGUGGAAGCAACAGUGGGUGGAAGCAGCAGUGGGUGGAAGCAGCAGUGGGUGGAAGCAGCAGUGGGUGGAAGCAACAGUGGGUGGAAGCAGCAGUGGGUGGAAACAGCAGUGGGUGGAAGCAACAGUGGGUGGAAGCAGCAGUGGAUGGAAGCAGCAGUGGGUGGAAGCAGCAGUGGGUGGAAGCAGCAGUGGGUGGAAGCAACAGUGGGUGGAAGCAACAGUGGGUGGAAGCAGCAGUGGAUGGAAGCAGCAGUGGGUGGAAGCAGCAGUGGGUGGAAGCAACAGUGGGUGGAAGCAGCAGUGGGUGGAAGCAACAGUGGGUGGAAGCAGCAGUGGAUGGAAGCAGCAGUGGGUGGGAAUUCACUGA